UACACCUCCGUAAAGUAGUCAAAAUGGCAGAAAAGUCACCAGAGCUGGAGGUUGCUCCUUCAGAGGAGGCUGUUGCUCAAACGCAGAGACUAAAAGCUGCCCUCCAUUAUUCAAUUGGUAAAACUUAUGAAGAGAUAGCUAGUGACCAUGGCAUGAAAGUCAGCAGAGAAAUGAUGGCAGCAGUUACAGAAAUGGUUUACGAACAGUGUCGUCUUGUCUCGCAUGAUCUUGAAUUAUUUGCAAAGCAUGCAAAGAGAACGACAGUCAAUACAGAUGAUGUGCUCUUAAUGUGUAGACGGAAUCCUUCACUGAUGAAGAUAAUGAGAGAAGAAAAUGAAAAAUUAAAGAGUUUGAAGGAACAGGGGAAAGAAAAGGCUAUUACUGGAGAAAAAAGAAAAGGAGGAAGAGUAAAGAAGAAAGAAUUACCGAUAAUUUUAGACGACGACGAUGAAGAUGAUUGAUUUUGUUUAUCCACGUUUUUGCACGUGGGCAGUUUACUUAGCCACGCCCACAAUAUAGCCACCUGUUAACACGUGUCUCUACAACUUUAAUUUUUAAUAAACACACCCAUAACCUUUUUGGUUCUUGCACGUGCUGUAAAGGCUAAACCUUUUGUUUGAAGUGAUGGUAAGAAAGCUCAAAGGAAAGGAGAAGAAGGAGACCGGAGAA